AUGGUUCGCGGAAGAGCUACCGCUACUGGUAGGGGCGUGCGGCGAGGAGGUGCCGCCGCCUCUUCAAGAUCUCAGACAACCGGAGGCGAUGAUCCAAAUCCCGGCGAAACGAGCAGCGCAGCGCCGACGGCCAGCAUGGCAUUGACCGAUUCAGGCACCGAACAAGGCACAUCAUCACAGCCAGCGGCGUCGGCAGUUCGCCGAGGAGCCAUGUCCGCACGAGCGGCUCGCGGAGGUGCACCGGCCGGCAGAUUUCGACCGAAGAACGUUCGACGAGACGAAUCGGAGCGAGACGCAUUGGCUCAGCAAGAGCAGCACAAGGCCAGCGAGAGAGCUGCAGAAGAGAGGCGGGCGAGAGGCCGUUCACGAUUUCGCAGCAAACGAAGUCGUGGAGAUGCAAUGGGAAGCAGAGGCGGCGGCUUUGGCCGGCCAGUAGCCGGGGCCAGCGGGCCCUUUUCUUCAGGAGUGGGAGGCCCAGGUGGUCCAUCUGGCGGAAGUUGGUUUGGGGGUGGUGGUGGAGGAGGUGGUGGUGGCGGCGGCUUCUCAGGGACCGGCAAGUUCGAAGGAAAAGGUGGCCCAGGAUUUGGAUUCGAAGGCGGCUUCCGAGAAACCAGAAUCAACGCCGACAAGCUUCACACGAUGGUACACGAGGAGGGCAUGGACAGCGAGGACGAGGCGAUGCUGGCUGCGCUCCACACCCGACCUGGGGGCGUCAUGCCAAUGGGUAUACUCCGACGAGAACACAAAGAGGCACCAGUUGUUGUCGCCACAACUGCGGAACUGGAAGCAGCAGAGAAGUCGAAAGGCGAGGAAGAGAGCCUCUGGGUUGAUGAUGAAGCACCUGGAGCAUUGCCUCCGGCUGACCAAGCUGAAGAGGGCGAUUGGAAUACGAGCGACAACAACAAGGCAGUUCAAGUCAAGAAGGAGCCAACAGAUGAUUGUAUGGAUUUGGACGUCGAGACGAAGCCGGUCGAAAGCAAGCUGCCUGUGGCGAAAUUGAAGGCCAAGAAGCCAACUGCUCAAGACCCAGAGGAUAAUAUGAUUCGCACAGACUUGAGUCUCUUGGCCAGCGAGCUUGGCGCCAUCACAAUCAACGGCGACGGCGAGGACAAGGUCGAGGAGGCCGGUAACAAAGACGGCCGAUUAUAUCUAUUCCAAUUCCCCCCACUACUCCCUCCCCUCAAGCAGGUUGCCGCCCCCCAGCCUCGCGUCAAAGUCAAGGCAGAAGAGCAACAGCCUAUCAGUCUACACGACACUCCCGCGAGCGCGUCAUCUACAGCAACUCCUGUGGAUCUUACCCAGCAGGGCGAGGAGGAAGAGGAAGAGGACGAACUAGACUCAGACGACGAAGAACAAGAGCGCAGAAGCGGCUUCCGGUCACAAGCUCUUUCGAACGGUGGUCUCAUCGGACGGCUCAAUGUCCGCAAAUCUGGCAAAGUCGAACUAGACUGGGGUGGCCGCAUUCUGGAAAUGAGCCCUGCCGCGGGCAUGAACUUCCUCACGACGGCCGUCAUCGUCGAGGAGUCGGACGAGAAGCCCCAGAACGGCGUGACGACGGGCGAGAGUAUUGGCAUGGGCAAGAUCAUGGGCCGGUUUGUCCUGGCGCCGAUAUGGAACGAGGAGGAGGAAUGGGACGUCGCGCCGGAGGAACUUGAGAUU